AUGACUACCCAACCAUUCUCAAGAGGCGGUUCCGUUGACCUUAUUCAGCGUCCCUCUAACAACAAUCAGUCGGAUAUGCUGCAGAGAGAACGAAUGCGCCUUCAGAAUUCCCGUUGCGUCAAUAUGCAAUUGCCAUGUGGUAAACCAUCGUCUCAAUCUGUUGAUGCUAUGUUGAUGAAGCCCCCCGAAAAUGUAGAUAAUGAUACAGUUUCAUCAUUCGUUCAGUCAACAAAAGCCCCCGUUCAGAGUAGAUAUUUUGAUCAAUCGGAUGUUAAUGUAUCAUCAGCGCCCAUUCAACAACCUCAAUUGGUUUGUAGUGUUUCACCGCGUCAGAUUUUGUCAAAAGUUCCUUUGGCGAUUGCUACCGAAGCGAAAAUCCUUCCAGCUCAACAUCAGUCCGACAUGAUGCAAAAGCAGCAGCAAAUGCAACUACAGCAACAAGUGAUGCAACAGCCCCAUCAAAAUCCAAAUCUUCAGCCUCGACUAUUUACUUAUAUCUCCCAGCGCCAAGUUUGCGAUCCAACGUCCACAAAUGCAACUGUUUUUACUCUCCAACAACAGCAGCAACAAAUUCGACCAACAAGCAUAUCAAAUUCUCCUGCUCCUAUUGCUGUAAAAAAGGAUUCCAUGAUAGAAUUUACUAACCAGUCCUAUCCUCCUCCAUCACAUGGACCCGUAAUUUCUAACGGAAUUUCUCCCUCUCCGGUUGUCAGACCACAACAACAAUCUGGAAUCGCUCCUAUUCAUCCGAUGCAGUAUCUCGACGUUUCCCCUAAACCAAUUCCUAAUCUUGGAGUCAUUCCGCAGCGAAAACGUCCUCCUGCGGCAAAGAGAAAAAAGUCCCCCAUAGGUAACCCUGCACUCCUCUCUCCCGGGCCUAAAAUGCCUAUCAAUGUUCCAAUGGGUUAUAUUCGCAGUCCCAUUGUGCCAUCCCAGGGGCUUGAUUUUAACCAACAACAACAUCAAGUGCAGGUAGCACCGCCACCACCACCUCAACAGCAACGGGUUAACUCCUCCCAGGAAGCUAUGAACAAGCUUAUUUAUUUUGAUUCGAAAAAGUUCCUUUCAGAUCCUGCUUUGGAGGCCUUUUCCUCCUCUCUUCCUCCUAACGGAAGCCCUUCAACAUGUCCUGUUUUACCUUCUGGUGAAGAAUCCUGGAUAAAUAAUUGUGGUGUAAAAUACGAAAGCAGUGGAUUUUCUCUCAAAGCAUUAAUUCCUUCUGGUGAUAAUAAUGAUCGCAUUUCUCUUAAGCUUGAAGAGGCUUACCUGUACCAGUCUUUACCAAAUAUUGUGAGUCACCCAACUGUCCGCCCACCUACUGUUCGUUCAACUCGGACAUAUACAGAUGGCUCAACUCGUGUUUGUCCUUCGCCCGAGCCACUAACUCUAGAUAAUCGAAUGAAGUCGCUAUGGACCAACUUGCGAAAUAUGGAUUCCUCCCCCACUAUUUCUAAGUCAUCAAAUGAUUCUGCUUCUCUCUUGUCCAUGCUGAAAACACCGUGCUCUCCUCGUGAAAGACCUGCUGAAUGCAAGAGUCCUCACCUGCAACUCUACCAUAUUCCUAACACUUGCUUACUCAAGGUUCCUCCUAAAAACCUUACGAAUGCUACUAAGGAGAAUACUAUCAAUAUGAAGAAACCAUCGGAAUCAGUUAAACCUGAAUCGCGAGUGAUUUUCUCUACAUGCUCUCCCAUCAACAGCGGUGUUGAUCUCGUUGGACUUGUUGCAAUGCUCUGUGUGGAAAAUAGUAUUGAUCAGAACAACGUCUCAAUCAUCGGGGGAGAAAUUGUCAUCCGAAAUCCUCCUGAGUCUGAAUAUUCUGAGGAACAAGUUCGGGAAUUUGGAAAUCGACUUAGAUCGCACUUCUCAACUGUGUCUGUGAGAUUGGAGUCUGUCCAAGCACUGACUCCGACUACACAGACUAUUGGAAGUGAAGUUUCGAGUCAAAUGAAAUGGCUUACGGAGCUGCAGAAAGAGAAAGCAGAUGAUCCUAACUUGCAGUCUUCUCUUGGUAAUAAAUACAAAGAGGAAUCGCUUUCUGUGGUUGCGAUAUCCAACGCGAAUGAACAAGCUGGUGAGAAAUGUCAAAUUUGUCGGAAAAUCGUUCCCUUUGACUCGGGCAUUCAGAUAAAGUGGGAGGAGUUGUCUGCCUCAAAGUCAAUUACAUUGGGAGCGGAACAGGACUAUUUAUUUUUCUGUGGCGAGUCUUGUUCUGAAAUGUUUGGUCAAUUUAUAAGUUCCCAUAUUCCUUCUACUACUGGUCCCAAUUCGCAGCAAUCACAUCACCAAGUGAAUACUAAUACUGCUCCUUUCGAAAAUUCUAUUCAUGUUACUUCUCAGUCAGAAACCCGUCAUACUCAGCAGCAACUCAUUACUGGAGGAGUUUCGAAUUCACUUGUUUUGCUGCAGCACAUGUCCCAUAAAAGCCUCAAGUCACAGACCUGUGGACGAAAAGCCUCCAAUCCUUCAGUUAGCAACAAACGAAAAGUUUCACCCAAACAGAAACGCUGGCGGGAUAUACGCUGGAGAAUCUACCGAUCUGACCCAUACCAUGUUAGGAAAUUUGCUCCUGUUCCUGUUCAUGGAUCGAAUGAUGAUUCAGUACCUCGAAUUAUCUAUCAGAUUGUACGUGAUCAAGAAAUUAUCGAUUCAAGAUUCUGCAUUCUAUGUAGUGGUAGGGGUGAUGGAACCCCGAACACGACAGAACGUCUCCUUUGUCUUGGUGCUGAUCGAUGGGUGCACUUGAAUUGCGCGCUUUGGUGCUUUGACAUCUAUGAGUCAUUGAGUGGUUCUUUGCACAAAGUGGAUGAGUGUAUCAACCGGGCCUUGAGGACAGUUUGCUCGCAUUGUGGAAAGUUAGGUGCUGGUCUGCCUUGCUACAAUCCCAGGUGUAACCUUAUAUACCAUGUCCCCUGUGCCAUAAUUGUUGGAUGUAUGUUCUUCAAUGAUCGAGGGAUGUACUGCAGCAGUCAUCAACCCAAGGAUAAUCAUUCUAUGCGUCUCCCCUCACUCAUAGUAAACCGGAAAGUAUAUGUCACUCGGAAUGAGAGUGAUCAAGUUGCAGAUGUUGUGCGAAACGAAAAUUCCUCCUUUUGCGUUCGGGUUGGAAGUCUUAUUUUACAUAAUGUGGGUCAACUUCUACCUCACCAGAUUGAAAGUGAAAAUUUUCAUACACGCAAGUACAUUUAUCCUGUUUUCUACUCGGCUUCCCGCAUCUUUUGGUCUAUGAGACGCCCGGGACAACGCUCUUUAUAUCGUUGUGAGAUUUCUGAGCAGGAUGGUAGGCCGCUCUUUCAUGUCACGGUGAUUGACAAGGGCUUCCCAAACGUUGUUCUUCAGAGUUUUAAUUGCACCGAAUUAUGGAGAGAAAUUGCUAAGAAGGUACAGCAACUUCGGAUGGAAAAUGGAUUUAUUCAAAACUUUCCACAUUUGAUUUGUGGCGAAGAAAUGUUUGGCCUAUCUGACCCGAAUGUUCUCCGGGCUGUCGAAUCCUUGCCGGGUGUGGAUAAUCUCAUCGACUACGCCUUCCACUUUGGGAGACUGCAACUCAUUCGCAAUAUGCCUCUGGCAGUUAAUCCUUCUGGCUGUGCACGGUCUGAACCCAGUUUCCUCACUUCAAUGCGUCGUAGGAGAGCGUAUGCAAAUUCUCAUGAAUGUUCUCCAAAGAAGACUGUUUAUCCCCACUUUCGAAGUCCUGGUCGGCAAAUGUCUGGAGUUUCUAUCAGUUGUCCAUCCUCUGAUCCUUUUAAUCGAAUUCCUAUUGAUUUGACGACAAAAAACUCUACUCUUGUGAAUUGGUGCCAACAGUAUCGUAAGUUGAAGACGGAGUGCAGAAGUAAUGUGGUCUUUGGUCGAUCACGGAUACAGGGCUUUGGCAUGUUUGCUGCUCAAGAUUUGGAGCCUAACACUAUCGUGAUUGAGUAUAUUGGCGAAUUAAUUCGGCCAGUGCUUGCUGACAGACGUGAAAAGGAGUACGAGGCCCGCAAUCGAGGUAUAUAUAUGUUCCGUCUUGAAGCUGAUACUGUUAUUGAUGCUACCAUGUGUGGUGGUCCAGCACGUUACAUUAACCACUCUUGUGAACCGAAUUGCUUCGCCAAGUACGUCAAUUUUGACAACGAGGGCCACAUUGUAAUCAUCACUAAGGGAAAGGUAGAGAAGGGUGAGGAGUUGACCUACGAUUAUCUUUUUGAUUUUGAAGAUCAGACGAGUAGGAUACCGUGUCUUUGUGGAACAGUUAAUUGCCGAAAAUGGAUGAAUUGA